AUGGACUACAGCACCCUGGACAACGCGAUUAUCGCAGGUGAGAAGAAUGUGGAGGACGCACACCCAAAGUGAUCUCACUGACGAGAUUUACAAGCGCUUCCUCCGAAUAGCAAGGUGACUUCUGUCGAGCGUCAUGGGGAAACAAGGGUAUGGAGAUUUGUCGAAUAAAUAAUGUAUGAGAGCUAACACAUGAACAGUGGUCGGUUGGUUUGCGGGUUAUUGUGCGAAUAGACGGCGAAGAGGAAGAGCAGCGAUUCUUCGUCAAGGUGUGUGUUCGAUAUUCAUGUCCACUACCCUACACAACGACUUAUCACGUAUGCUAUUCUAGCUCAUCGAACAAGAAGAAUGGCUUGGAAUAGCCGAGGCCGAGUACGAUGGCGCAAGAGCAUUAGCUACUUGCAUACCCGACAAUGUAGUCGCACCAAUUGCAUGGGGAAAACUAAACAAAAACAAGUCCAAGUCCUUUUUCAUGACAAGAUUUCUCCAUCUAGACGCUCAAUCCCCUCCCAUUCUCCCUCUUCUCGCCAUCCUGAAGAGACUGCACGAAACAUCCGUUUCCCCGACAGGCAAAUUUGGAUUUCAUGUCACUACCCAUUUUGGACCGCCCCCGAUGAUCAAUAAUUGGACAGACAAUUGGGAGAGGUUUUUUUCUCGUCAGUGGCAUGCUGAUUUGACCGAAGUCCAAAAGGUUCAUGGAGAGGAUAGAGAGUUGCAAGCUUUAGGUGAGGAGUUUUGUGAGAAAGUGAUUGCAAAGCUUCUUCGUCCUCUGCAAACCGGUGGAAGGAACAUCAAACCAACUCUCUGCCACGGAGAUCUGUGGGAUGGUAUUGUACAUGUUGAUGUCAACACCAAAAGGUCCAUUUUAUUCGACCCUGUAUGCUUCUACGGGCACAACGAAAGUAAGUCAGCCAUGCACAUUGUGGUUUACUGAUUAUUUAUGAGAGCUCACAGCGCCAUAGUGGAUCUUCAAUGUAUGGGAAGUCCUAGGUACGCUCUUGGCAUGGAUUUCAUAGAAUUGUACAAGGAACAGUUUGGUGCUUCGGAGCCACGGGAUGACUUUUAUGAUCGGCAUAAACUAUAUGCAUUGUGA